UAUUUAACAACGUGAUUGGUUUACGUCGUUGAGUUUAAUAACAGCCACCUGUUAACCACACCGAGUGCCCUUGGCUCUGCUUGCACAAUGAAGUUGUUCAGCAUGAGGUGAGAAAGUCGCUUUCAAGAUAUCGCCACGAUUGAAGACAUGUUUUCCCUUAGUAUCUGUCUCUAUGGCUGCAGAGUGAAAAACUAAUAUUUUAGAAUGUAGUUCAAAAUUUAAUUGCUUUAGCCCGGUUUGAAGCACAACGCUGUCACGAUGAGACGUUGGAAAACCUGGGAAAGUAUAGCCGUUGAAGAUUAUUUCGACGAUAUUACGCAGCCAAAUCGCUGGAAUUCUCUCGAAAAGCUGGACAAAAUUCACAUGACAAGUAAUGGUAUCAUUCCUGAUGGAUCCAAAGUUUCACAAUUAUCGCCGAAGAAUGGAAAUGCUUUAAACGAUCCUUCCCUAUUGUGUACAGUGUGCAAACAACUUUUCCGUCGGCCGAAAUUUCUGCGAUGUCUUCAUAGCUUUUGUAAAAGUUGCAUCGAGAGUCUGGUUUGUAAUGAAUAUGGUAAAGAAGGACUUGUUGUUUGCCCUUUAUGUUCUUUACCGAGCGAAUUGGGUAGUAAAGGAAUUGACGCGUUGCCAGUAAAUUUCCUCAUCGGCGCAACACUCAAAAAAAGAAAUUUUGUCGUGGAAGAGAAAAAAGCGCCGGUCAGGUGCGGAAAUUGCGAAGACAACGCUGAAGCUACAGGACAGUGCAGCGAUUGCUCGGAAUUCCUAUGUGACAGGUGCACGGCUGCUCAUAGACGGGUACGUGUUACAAGAGAACAUCAAAUUAUCUCGCUAAAUGAGCUGGCAACCGAGGACGAAGAAAACAAUAAUUCACAGUGCAGCGCUGAUAGCUGCUCGGACCAUGGCCGCGAAGAGCUCACGUAUUUUUGCCAGACAUGUGAAAAGCUGAUCUGUAGAGAGUGCACUAUUGUGAAUCACCCCAAAACAACACAUACGUUUGAACCGCUGAGGGAGGCUUCGAGCAAACACAGACAAGAAAUAUCCGAGCUUCUCGGUACGAUAAAAAUGAGGAGUCCUUUUGUGAAAAGGGCUUUGUUGGAGAUCGAAGAAGCGUGUGGGGAUAUUCCACAGCACGCCCUUGCGAUUGAGGAGCAAAUCAAGAGCUCGACAACGCGCUAUAUCAGGGCUUUAAAGGAACGAGAAGCGCGGCUGUUGGACGAUUUGGGCGCCAUGAGAGAAUACAAAGUUACAUUGCUAGAGCAACAAAAGGAGCGGUUGUACAAAGGAAUUGGAGAUAUUGAAAGCAAUUGUGGACUCAUCGAGAUGAUGUUACGAGAAGGAAGUGCUGCUGAAGUAACAAGGGUAAAAGAUUUUAUGACGGGGCGAUUGCAAAGCUUAAUGAAUCUGAUUCAGGACAUGUCACCAACCGAAGGACCUGAAUUAGACUACGUCACUGAAGAAGACCUGCUAUUCGACGUCAUAAAUAGAGGUGGAAAACUUGAAAGCAGCACCAUGCCUCCUGCGGUUCGACUCAUUGGAGAGGGAUUGUAUAACGCUGCAGUUGGAAAAACCUCAAGUUUUGCUUUAGCCGUGCGAGAAGGCGCGGAGAUGGCUAAACAUGACAUAGACGUUCGCAUCGAAACUCCCGACUUGAUUAUUCUCACCUGCAACAUAACAGAGAACAGUUCACGCCUUUACACAAUCAGUUAUAAGCCAAGAAUUCAUGGAGAACAUGUAAUCACGGUUUUAACACGUGGAGAGCAUGCGGAAGAGAGUCCUUACACGGUGGACGUGAAGAAAGGUCACAUGUGCUUCGCCACAAAGUCUCCUCCCGUUUGUUUACGGUUUGGUUACAAGGGAAAAGGGAGAGGCGAGCUGACUGGUCCGAGUGAUGUAGCUGCGGCUUGCAAUGGUAUCAUAGCUGUGGCAGACACGCUGAAUGAUAGAAUUCAACUGUUUACCAGCAAGGGAGGAUUUCUACGACAGUUUGGAAGUUCGGGGGAAGAUGUCGGCAAGUUUAAAUCCCCAACCGGCCUGUGCUUUUCUCAAGCUGGACAAAUAGUCGUCGCUGACCAACAGAAUAACCGUAUCCAAGUGUUUAGUAUGGAUGGGGUCCUGUCCAAAGUAAUAUCAUGCAAAGGACGGAGUGCGGGGGAUUUAAAAAACCCCACGGGUGUAGCUGUGGAUGAGGAGGGCCAGCUACUAGUCACAGACCAACAGAACCACAGAAUUGUUGUCUUCGACAGCAAUGGAGUCUACUGCAAUCAGUUUGGGUCCUUAGGAACAAAAGACGGAGAAUUCAACAACCCUUCCUACAUCACUGUUUCGCAAGACGGCGAAAUUCUCGUCACAGAUACUUCGAACCAUCGAGUACAAAUUUUCGAUCCGAUGGGAAAAUUUCAACGGAGGUUUGGAAGACCUGGCACCGGAGAUGGAGAGUUCCACUAUCCGACGGGAAUAACAGUCGAUUCAUCCGGGUACAUCUUUGUCUCUGAUCGCACCAAUCGCGUACAAGUGUUUAACUCGCACUUGCGUUUCGUCACAAAGUUUGGCGGGAAAAUCAGUGGUGAUGGGCAAUUGAAUGGGCCGCUAGGACUUGAUUACACUCCUGAAGGCCGGGUCGCUGUUACCGAUGCCGGUAAUAACUCUGUUAAGGUUUUCUACUUUCCCAACGAGUAAUCACGCACCAGUUAAUCGAAGAAACUACGAAUACAAUUCUUCCGCAUUUGUAAGUCUUUAAGUAGGAGAACACUCUAGAGAUAAUCAUGGAAUUUUUAGUUUUGUGUCGAAAAUAAUGUAGAACUAAAUUGGUUUUGCCGGCUUUACUCUGCUUACUGAUUGAUCUAGAAGAUUCACUCCUUGUCUUUCUCGACCAAUCAGAUGCAAACCUUAAACCAAUCCUUAAACCAAUCCCGACAUCUUGCCUGGGGUUUUCCGGCGCUUAUUAACUGGUUUGUGAAGCUUUUCACUUUUAAGUUUCAUGCUCACUUGUUUCUCUAACUUUUCCAAGAAAAAAUUAUCCCUUUUUUAUCUUGGUGUUCUCCACCAGUCUGGUCGGCUUUCAUAAUUACUAUAGAAACCCAAUUCUAAAAGUCUUUAAAAAAUUACAUCAAGGAAUAAAGCUGAGUAGGGACGGAAAAGGUUAAACUCUCAAGUAGUAAUUUUUCAAAUCUUCCAGGAAUAUCACCAUUAAACAUAAGCUAUACGAUCGGAUUAACGUAAAUCAAGUUUCGACUGACGCCAAUCAACAGAUCUUGACAAAAUGAUAAAGUACUAGGGGUUUCCAUAUUAUAUCCAGGAUAUCUUAAGCAUUAGUAAAUUGAUUACAGUCUGUUAAGUAUUUCUCAUUGAUUAACUCGCUUUCAAGAGUUUUUUUUAGUAUGACGAGAUUCGUUUUCUCUUACUUACGAAGUGUUUUUGACUAAGUUAAAUUUCAGUCUAUAGAGGUAUAUCUUUACAUAAUCAUUCGCCGUGUAUCUAAUAUUUAGAGAGUGAAAAUAUUGAAAUAAUUUCAAAAUUACUUUUUAUAGGAACUAGCAUAAAGGUUAGUUUCCUCCAAGAGUGAUAGAGUUCUAAUACUGUAUCCAAACCGACCAAUCACGACUGACCUACGCCACUUGAGUCUUACAGCCAAUAACAUCACGGUAAAACUGACCAAUCAGUAUACACAAACCGGACUAAGUACAUUCGACUGACAACAACCUUUCACUUGACUCUGAUGAUGACUUCCGCUCAGGUUGUCGAAACGUCAGUCACCACUACCGACAACAGUCCUUCCCAGGACUACACUCACCCGAACGAUCAUACUACACUAAUACAUGUUAACCCCGGGUUCAAACCAUUGAAUGUAUUACUUUAAUAUUCUGUCACUUGAUAGCUGUAGGAGACAUGCACAAUGAUAAGUUGCAAUAUGUUUUAGUUUCAUCUUAUCUAUUAAGAUAUAUGCUUUAGUAGUCUCCUACCCAGAUCUUCCACGGCCAAGCGGUUGUUCAGUUGUUCAGUUACAAUUCAAAGAUAGGAUCUGAGUAUGAGAUUAGUAUAAUUAGUUUAUGACGUUUCCAAUAAAAAGGGGCAUAUGGUUUUAAACGAUAUUAAAGCCCUCGCCCCUAGAAAACAGAUACAUUGUAAAAAUUAGUGCACUUCAAUGAAACACCAGUAUGAUGUGUCGAUAUUUAGUCACAAAACUGGUUUUAAAAUCAAAUACCAAUCAGAAAAUAAAUUUUUCUUUAAGCCUUGGA